AUGUGUCAGGUGUUCCUCUGCAGCCAGCACACCAUGCUGACAGUCGCCCUAUCCCUGGGCUAUUUCACAUACCUCUUCAUGGGUGCCAUGAUGUUCCAGAUUCUAGAGAAACAAGCCGAAGCCAAUUCCCGGGAUAAGUUCCAGCUCGCCAAACUUGGUUUCCUCCAGAAUUACACCUGCCUGGACGUGGGGGCUAUUGAACAAUUUGUACAGAUCAUUAUGGAAGCCUGGGAGAAAGGUCUGAACCCCAAAGGGAACGCCAGCAACCCCAGCAACUGGGACUUCAGUAAUUCUUUCUUCUUCGCUGGCACUGUCAUCACUACCAUAGGUUAUGGGAAUCUGUACCCGAGCACCAUGUCCGGCCAAGUCUUUUGUGUCUUCUACGCUUUGUUUGGUAUUCCGCUCAAUGUGGCCUUUCUGAAUAUGAUCGGGAGAGGACUGAACAGCCAUCUGGUGGCGCUGGGCCGGUGUGCGCAGGAGCCCCAAGAAUCUGGGGUGAUGAAGGUGAUGAUAAUGGGUCUCUUCCUUAUUACCGGCUCCCUUUUCUUCCUCGUCUUCCCUCCGAUGAUCUUCAGCUAUGUAGAGGGCUGGAGCUACGGUGAGGGAUUCUACUUCGCUUUUAUUACACUCAGCACCAUUGGAUUUGGUGAUUAUGUAUUAGGAAAGGACCCCAGUAAACACUACAUAUCAAUAUACAGAAGUUUAGCCGCGCUGUGGAUUAUAUUUGGCCUGGCCUGGCUGGCGAUGGUAUUUAACCUGGUCGCAGAACUGGUGGAAAAAUCAAUCCAAUGGCGGAUUCUGAAAAAGGACGCCAUCAAUGAGGAAACCGCCGUGGAAAAAGUGGAAGAUCGCUCGAUCCAGAUCCAGCGCCGAGUUCCGAUCUAG